AUGGCGUCGCACGACGGGAUCGCACAAGAGCCUAGGGGUACAGAGGAGAAGGAGCCUAGGGGUACAGAGGAGAAGGAGCCUAGCAGUACAGAGGAGAAGGAGCCUAGGGGUACAGAGGAGAAGGAGCCUAGGGGUACAGAGGAGAAGGAGCCUAGGGGUACAGAGGAGAAGGAGCCUAGGGGUACAGAGGAGAAGGAGCCUAGGGGUACAGAGGAGAAGGAGCCUAGGGGUACAGAGGAGAAGGAGCCUAGGGGUACAGAGGAGAAGGAGCCUAGGGGUACAGAGGAGAAGGAGCCUAGGGGUACAGAGGAGAAGGAGCCUAGGGGUACAGAGGAGAAGGAGCCUAGGGGUACAGAGGAGAAGGAGCCUAGGGGUACAGAGGAGAAGGAGCCUAGGGGUACAGAGGAGAAGGAGCCUAGGGGUACAGAGGAGAAGGAGCCUAGGGGUACAGAGGAGAAGGAGCCUAGGGGUACAGAGGAGAAGGAGCCUAGGGGUACAGAGGAGAAGGAGCCUAGGGAUACAGAGGAGAAGGAGCCUAGGGGAACCACGGGAGCAGGAGAGGGGGCAGGAGCAGGAAACGGGGUGAGAGCAUGUGCAGGAGACAGCAGGAGACCGGACGGGAGGAGGAGGAGCAGGAGAGACGUGGUGGCUGCUGUGGCAGAUGAAGCAGCGGCAGGGCAGGAGAAGGAGCAGGGGGCAGCAGCGGAGGAAGAGGAGCGGGCAGCGGUGAGGGAGAGGAAGGAGGAGGGGCGGGUGAGCGAGGGCGACGGAGGGGUCGAGCUGAGUGGUUUAAAUAGGGAAGUCCUGCACCUGGUUUGGGCCAGGUUCGAUUCGGGCAGACCCGGAGCGGUCGGGGCAGACGCGGAAAGGUUGGGGCAGACUCGGAGCGCUCUGGGUGGACCUGUUGAGGCCCGCAAGGUGAGGCCCCUCGCGCUCGCUCCUAUUGCUGCCCCGCUCUUUUGA